UGUCUGUUGAUGCUGGCCGGCUCUGCUUCCUCCAGUCUGCCUGUGGAUUUUGAGUCUUUUUCUACGUGAUUGGAUGGUGACACGGGUGCCGUGAAUGCAGCGCGAGGAGGAGUGACAUUAUUGACAGGCAGAGGACAGACAGAGCUCAGAAACACCGCACACACUGAAAGAUGUCUGGGACCGCCAACACAUCUGCGACCGCAAGAAUCAAAAAGGACGAAUCUUUCCUCGGGAAAUUAGGAGGGACACUGGUGCGGAAGAAAAAGUCUAAAGAAGUGAGUGAUCUCCAUGAGGAGGGGAAGAAUGCCAUCAAUGCUCCCAUGCUUCCCACAGGGACAGACCUCCAUCCAGAGGACACACUGCUGGAGGAAAACGCUGAGAGGAUCAUGUUGGACCCGACAUCGCGGGAAAAUCUUAAAUUUAAAGAUCUUUUGAAGGUGCUGAUUGACUGGAUCAACAGUGAGUUGGAGGAAGACAGGAUCAUAGUCAAAGACCUGGAGGAAGACUGUUACGAUGGACAAGUGCUCCAGAAGUUAUUCGAAAAGUUGUCAGGCAGGAAGCUGAAUGUGGCCGAGGUGACUCAGUCAGAGAUCGGCCAAAAACAGAAGCUUCAGACGGUUUUGGAGGCCGUCAACGAACUGCUGAGACCUCACGGCUGGACCAUCGAGUGGAAUGUGGACUCUAUUCAUUCAAAGAACCUGGUGGCUAUUGUCUACCUGCUGGUAGCUCUGGCGAUGCACUUCCAGGCUCCCAUCAGGCUGCCUGAGCACGUGUCUGUGCAGGUGGUGGUCGUCAAGAAACGGGAGGGCAUCCUGCAGACUGCUCUUGUGACCAAGGAGCUGACGAGCACCACAGAAAUGAUGAUGGGAAGGUUUGAGAGGGACGCGUUUGACACUUUGUUGGAUCAUGCACCUGACAAGCUCAAUGUGGUGAAAACGUCUCUCAUUACCUUUGUGAACAAACACCUGAACAAGCUGAACCUGGAGGUUACUGAGCUGGAAUCUCAGUUUGCUGAUGGCGUAUACCUGAUCUUGCUGAUGGGGCUGCUAGAAGACUACUUUGUCCCUCUGUACAACUUCUUCCUAACCCCUGAGAGCUUCGAACAGAAGGUCCACAAUGUGGCGUUUGCCUUUGAGCUGAUGCAGGACGGAGGCCUGAAGAAACCCAAAGCCCGACCAGAAGAUGUUGUCAAUCUUAACCUCAAGUCCACCCUCAGAGUCCUCUACAACCUCUUCACCAACUACAAAAACUCUGAGUGAACUUUUUCAGUUUCCCCCCCGAUAUUAGUUUUGAGCGCUGCCCUGUGCCUGCACUGAAAUUAUGCCUGACACACUGGACACUGGAGGAGACCAACUGGGACUGAAAGUCAUCAUUAUGAGGGAUUUAAAAAGACCCAUGGGGAGUAGCCUGAAAAAAGGCUCUGAAUGUUAGUAUUUAAUCUUCCCCAAAUGUCAGUAUUUAUUUAUUCCUUCCUCGAAUGUUAAAUGUAACCCAGGAAACCCUGCGACCUUUAGCCUGCAUUUGAAUACACAGCCGUCAGAGGAAAAAUGAAUGAGGGCAGAAUGUUAAAACUGGAAAUCAUUUGUGUGUUUAUCUGCCUAUUGCAGAAUAUUAAAGAAAGUUAGAAAUGCUGUUAUAGGCUCUAUGUUAUAUAGUAUCUAAAAUUACUUUGUGUAAAUAUUAAAAGAAUAGUUUGGGGAAAUACACGUAUUUGCUUUCUUGCUAAGAGUUUGAGAGGAUUGAUACCACAGUUAUGUUUUUUCUGCUAAAUGUUAAGCUCACGUUUAACCAGCAGCAAUUUUUUUUAGCUAAUCUUAAAGACUAAAAACCUGCUAAAAAAGGAGAAACACUAAUCUGAGUCAUGUAAAGUUGCGGACGAAUUUUGUUUGUACUAGUGCACAUGACCCCACUCUACAAAUUGCGCCUAUCUCUAGUACAGGACUCUACUACAACCCUACUUUGUAGUGAAUAGAUAUGAGGCCAACCAACAAUCCACUAUAUAUUCCGUUAUACAUGAAGACGUAAUUUACAUCAUAAGUAAUGAGAUCUAACUAUUACCGUUAUACCCUUAUUUUAACCUUAACUGCCUUUCUUUUGACCUAACACUUUACAGCGAGCUAAUUUAAAAAAAAACAAAACACUUCAUAGCGAGCUAAUUGCUGUUUUUGCAUUUUUGCAAGAGCUUGUGCUUCUGGUAAAAAGAGCAACGGGGGCAGAAUUAUGACUGACGUGUAGGUAUCAUGGACGCGUCGUGUAGCUGCUUCAGCCAUAGAUGUAUUAAGAAGAUCUGGAUACAGCACAGAGGUGCGACACCGUUCAUUCUUAUGAGAGCUGUGCAGUAGUGCAUGAAGCAGCAACGUGGUGUGAAAAUAACCUGAUACUCCGCAUUACCGGGCCCAGCGGUAGUGUGGGCAUAUCUGAGCGACUGACUGCUGGUUUACUGCUUCUCUAGCUUGAAUUGAGGUCUAAAAAAUGUAAUCUUGCGGCUCUUUUAGACUUUCAAAACUUUUUUUCUUAAAUCUAGAUAGUGAAAUUAGUUGUUUCACGCUCACUCUCACAAAAGUGUAUCUACUAAUUUAUAGACGUCUCUUUCCCAAUUUAAGUAUAUAAGAAAAAGUCUUUCUGGGCCUCAUCAUGUGAUGGACCUUGACGGUGUAAUUCCAAUUUUGACCACUAUGUAAAAUUUGCUUCAGAGCCUGUCUCACUUCCUAGGGGCUGGACUCCAGCUCAGGGCCGAAGGAACACAGCAGAUCCUUAGAGUUAAUGUUUCCCAAGGGCCACUCACAGCAUUGCAGCAAAAAAAAAUCCCCUGUGGGGUUGACAGCCAUUAUAAAAGAGACAUCUGUAUAACUGUAGAUGGGACACCUGGAAUCCUUCUAUUAUGUAUUAUGGUGGUUUUUGUAAAACUUUUCUGGGGUUGAGAGAGGCAAUUUAAAAAUCUGUGACAUCAUCACAAAGUUAAGUCUGUGAGCCAUGCGAAAACUCGUGGGUGGAGCCAGGGGGCAGAAACACUACUGGGCAUAUUCAGUGGGCUGCGUACUUCUGCAGCUAUGCUCAGCUAAGUCUGGCUCCAAAGAUAACAAAAACCUCUUACAACCCUGUAAAGCUCACACAUUAUAUCAUAUUUGUUUGAUCUGUUUAAAAAUAAAAGUACAUAAAUGACAAAUAGCAGCUGAAUAAAGAUUCAGGUUGGACAACAGACUAUGCGCCAGAUAGAAUGAUUGUGCUACUUUUAUUUUACUUCCAAAAGAUAAUUGCCAUUUAACCUACAUAACAUUUAAGAAAUGCAGAUCCGUAAGAGCACACAUCUUAGCCUCUCACAAAAUGCAAGACACUAACAAAAUGUAUUAUUUCAGCUCUCUUAUAGAUUUUAAAAACAUUAUUUAGAUACCGUGUAUUAAUGACUAUUAAUUACAUUUAAAUAGGAAUUUAAUGUAGCUUGAUAACCACAUGGAGUCCACCAGAAUCAAAAGCUGAGGUGGCAAAAAGUGUCAGAACGUUGAAACAGUUCUGCUAAAGCUAAUGCAAAUAGCUGUUUUGACAGAAAUUAUAUUAUUUCUUUUUUACUUUAAAGUAAAACAGAUGUUGAAAAGUCAAAUUUUGGAUUUAAAUCAUGACAACUGUAGCUGCUGCAUGUUUUCUUUGUAGAGCUGAGCUGUUUGCCCCUGCCCUCAUCUUGAUGCUAAGCUAAGCUAACUGUUGGCUAACUGUAGCCACUAUGGGUAUGGAUCUUCUCAUGUAACUCUCAACAACAUUGCAAAUAAGCAUAUUUCCCAAAACUGCUGCUUUAAGAGACUUGAAAAUGCUCUAUAUAGGUUAUUUUAUAAUAUCUGAAAAUGCUUUGUAUAUUCUUACUACAAUGGCUUUUACUUGACAGCUGGAAGAAUUGUGAAUGAUCUUCAUUUACUCUGAACUAUGCACAUCACAUCUCAAGCCAUAUUUAAAAGCUGAUGCCUUAAGUAUAGCGUGCUCUUUAUGUCCCAGGAGAGCCCCAGUAUUUAAGAAUUGACUGGCCUUUCAGACAAGUCCCGGAGGAGGCUUAGGACCUCGCACUGCUCUCCUGUAGUAGAGCGUUGCCACCGCCGUGCCACCUAAAGAUCUGCUAAGAUGUACAGUGCAAGACUACUCAUGCAUUUUAGAGCUGGGGCUGAAUUAUUGAGAUUGGAUGAGUCAAUCUAAACCAUGCUUGUGCUGGAUGUCUCACCCCUGUACGUUUCUUUUUUUUUAUUUUUUAUUUUUCUUGCCUAUCAAGAAAUAAACGCCUGAAAUCAAACAGAA